AUGUCCACUAUCAAUAUGGCUCCCAAGAACCCUACGAGGCUCGGAUUUCAGAUUUUGAAUACUUUGGAUCACAAUGCCUCUGGACCAAGGCUCGGAAGAAUCACUCUGGAAGGACGGAAAGAUUUGGAAACCCCGGAUUUCCUCGCCAUUACAUCUAGAGGCGUCAUACCUCAUAUGACGCCAGAUGUAAUUGCAGCACAUGCAAAAGUACCGGGUGUCCAUUUCGCAUUGGAAGAUUUCAUAGAAAAGAGCAAUAAAACAACCAUAUCUCCCAUCUUGAAUUGCCCUGGAGCAGAACCACCUCUUCAUGCUUUUACAGCCUUGUCCAGAUCUACCAUAUCUCUUUUGGCACCAAGACGGACACCCGCUGUUACAGCCCCCAACGGCAACAGUAACACAGCCAUUUCUGUAUUUACAUCCACAGGAUUUCAACCUCUUUCUAACAAAUCCUACAUCGAUUCAAUCGCAACUUUACGCCCGGAUAUCGCCAUUGGGCUCGCGGAUGUUCCCUAUAGCACUAUAGCAGGAGCCAAACGUACCGCCAAAAUGGGCGAUAGAAGUGGGCAGUGGCUGGCCCAGCUCUUGGCUGACAAAGUCAAGGAACAACCCGUUUUUGCACCAGUAUUACCCAUCGAUUAUCAAAGCCAGUGGGAGUACAUAAAUUAUAUUUCUGACGAACUGGUCGAUGAGGUGUCUGGUUUAGCUUUCUAUGAUUCAAACUUACUCCCAGAAAUUCCAGAGACUACAGCCAUGUCUUUACUCCCUCGACUCUCCUUGGAUGAGCCAUCAUCUCCUCAUCAUGUACUUCGUCAAAUCUCACUCGGAAUGGACAUUUUCACCAUACCUUUCAUCAACUUUGCCACAGAUGCAGGGAUCGCAUUAACGUUUGAAUUCCCAUCUUCCGCCAACUCUCAAUCUCCAAACGAGAGCAGUUCAGUCCUUCCUCUGGGUAUUGAUAUGUGGACUGCAGCUCAUGCUACUUCCUUACUUCCCCUUUCUGAAUCUUGCAAAUGCUAUGCAUGCACUUCCCACCACCGAGCAUUCAUCCAGCAUUUACUUUCAGCCAAAGAAAUGCUUGGAUGGGUCUUACUCCAAGUUCACAACCAUUAUGUUCUUUCGGAAUUCUUUACAUCAAUACGAAAGAGUAUUAAAGAAGGCACAUUUGAGAAAGGCUGCGAAGAGUUUGCCAGGAAAUACGAUAGUGAGCUACCAGAGAAGAGUGGACAAGGACCAAGAAUGAGAGGAUAUCAGUAUAAAAGUGAGGGGGCAGGGGAGCGGAAGAAGAACAAAGCUGCCUGGAACAACCUGGGAUCCGACUCAAAAGCCACCGGCUCAGAAGUUGCGCUGGUGCCGGAUGAGAGCUCGAAAGAGCUUGAAGAAAAAGGAUUCGCGGAAAAAUUAGAGAAUUAG